UUCAGGGGUCAGCAGAUCUUCAUCACAGGAACCACGGGAUUCGUAGGGAAAUGUGUCCUGGAGAAGGUGUUGAGGGAGCUGCAGGACGUGCAGACUGUGUACAUCCUGAUCAGAGCGAAGAAGGGGGCCUCUCCCCAGCAGAGGGCGCAGAGGGAGAUCGCUACGUCGCCGAUCUUCAACCUGCUGAGGAGCACGAUGGACGACUUCGACGCCUACUUCGAGAAGAAGGUGGUGGCCGUCGCGGGAGACAUCAACCAGGACUUCAUGGGCCUGUCGCAGGAGGACCUGGCCCGUGUCUCCUCCUCUGUUAACUUUCUGAUCCACUGUGCGGCCAACGUUGACUUCAACGAGAGGCUGGACGGGGCCAUCACGACCAACUGCCGGGGGCCGCUGAGGAUGAUGAGGCUGGCGGAGAGGUGCCCCAACCUCAAGGCCUAUGUACACGUCUCCACCGCCUACGUCAACUGUAACCGUCCGUCGGGCUCGCUCGUGGCGGAGGAGCUGCCCCUGUGCCAGUCCGAUGGCGAGCAGGUGAUGAAGGAGAUCGAGAAGCUGGCGGUACCCGAGCUGGAGGCGAGGACCAGGGCCCUGCUGCAGGCCGAGAAGUACCCGAACACUUACACGUUCACCAAGGCGAUGGGGGAGAAGCUGUUGCACAAGUACCACGGCAAUAUCCCCGUCGCUAUCGUCCGGCCCACCAUCAUCGGGGCAGCAUGGAGGGAGCCUGCGCCUGGCUGGGUCGACACCGUCUCGGCAGGAGGCGCUCUGUUCCUGAGCGGAGGCAUGGGCUUCAUGCCAGUGCAGUCGGGCGACCCGGAGCUUGUCGGGGACCAGAUUCCAGUAGACCUGGUGACCAACGCGAUCCUUGUAGCGGCAGCAGAAGCCUGCAGCAAGGGCCCGGGCUUCUUCCGCAUCUACCACAGCGGCAGCAGUACCAGGAACCCCGUCCGAUGGUCGCUCUGCGCGGAGGCAGUGGCUCGCUUCUGGAAGAAGCGCCCUUCAUCCAAGAGCCAGCUCAAGUGCCAGUACACCAUGGUGAAGAAUCCGCUGGUCUACCACUGGCGAUACCUCCGUCUCGUCUCCCUCCCCGCGCUCGCCCUGGGGGUCUACUCGAAGCUGUCGAGCAGCGAGCAGGUGAAGAAGAAGAGCGCUAUGUUCAACAAGGUGAUGAAGAGGAGUCGGACGCUAGCAGAGACUUUCCAUCACUUCGUCAACAACGAGUGGUUCUACGAGUCCAAGAACCUGCUCGCUGCCUCCGCCAGCAUGCCUGACCGAGACCGCUCCUCCUUCCCCGUCGACCCCGCGCCCAUCAACUGGCGGCAGUACCUGGACGACUUCAGCUGGGGACUUCAACGGUUCAUCCUCCGAGAUGACGUGGCGCCU